AUGAUAAAAAGAUAUUUAAAAAUAUAUCCAUCUAUAUAUUUUACUAAACAUGUGUAUGGUGCUCCUCAAAUAAAAGAGGAUACAAACUAUUUAAAAAAAGAUUACGUAUUCAAUCAAUAUGAAAAUAAAAAAAUAUUUUUAAAUAAUAAAUUAAAAAAAGGAAAUUGUGUAAAUGAAAUAAAAAGAGUAUAUUAUUUUAGAUUAUGGAAUGCUAUGACUCAAUAUAACUUUACUUUAUUUGAAAAUAUAAUUCAACAAUAUUUAAAUGAAGGUUAUAAAUAUGAUGAAGUUAUAUAUUCAAUAAUUACCCAUUCAUAUAUUUUGAAUCAUAAAAAAAAAAAUGAAAAUGCAUUUUUAGUUAUUGAAGAAAUGAAAAGAGCUUUUAUGCAUCCAACUAUCAUAAAAAUAAACGAAAGGAUGAUAAAUUCUUUUUUAGAAUUAGAAAUUAUAUUUUGUGAACCUUCUAAAUGCUUAUGGAUAAAUAUAUGUCGUUUUAUUUGGGAGAUUUCUAUAAAAUUAAAUAGAGAAAGAAAAAGAAAAUUAAAGGAAAGACUAAACUUGCUCUCACCAAAUGAAGUAUUAAAAUUAACAAGAGAAGAUUUAAAGAAAUUUUUAAAAAAAGAAUAUGAAGAUACUUUAUUAAAUACAUUAGACACAAUAUACUUAGAUACGGAAAAUACAUAUGAUCAUAUGCAAGAAGAAAAUAAUGAAGAAAAUAAUCAUUUAGUGCAAAAUAACAUAAAUGAAAUUGAGUAUAAUAGCAAAUGUUUUGAUAUAAUUAAUAUAGAUAAAAAAAAGCUUUUAAAUCACGAAAAUGAAAAUCCAGAAAAAUAUAGUAAUUUUUUGCCAGUUAAAGAUAAGAAUAGCAGUAAUGAUAAUCAGUAUUUUAUAUCCAAAGUAAAUGAUGAAAAUAUAAAAUAUAGCAUAAUAAAGGAAGGUAACAAUAGAGAUGACCAUUCUGAAAUUUUUGAAAAUGGAAAAAAUAAGUGUUAUGAUAUACUCGAAAAAAUUGACGAAGAUGAAAGUUAUGAAUCAUUUAAGGAUAACGAAGAUUUUGAUAUUCAACUAUUAAAAAAAUAUUUUAAUUUCAAAUAA